GUCACUCUUGCAUAGUUCCUCUUCUUCUUGCUUCUCAUUCCACUCUGUUCUGUUCUUAUCCAAUCCAAAAUGGAAGUUACUGGCGAACCCAUUCGGGUACAAUCUCUGAUUCAAUCGGGUCUAUCUCAGGUUCCAUUCGAAUAUAUCCAACCCCCAAAUAACCGACCCAUUCAUACCGAUCCCGAUGCCAACAUCCCCAUCGUCGACCUCUUCAACUUCAACCCCAACCGCCGUCAUUCCACCCGGGAAGUAAUCGGACAAGCCUGCCGUGAAUGGGGCGCCUUCCACAUAAUCAACCACGGCGUUCCCACAACCCUCCUCGACGCCGUCCGUCGCGCAGGCCUCGCAUUCUUCGACGAAUGCCCCAUGCCAGAAAAGCUCCGGUACGCUUGUACCGCCGGCGCCGCUGCAUCCGAGGGGUACGGAAGCCGGAUGCUGGUGAGCUCAAAUGAAAAAGGAAAUGACGCCGUCUCGCAGGUCCUUGAUUGGAGAGACUAUUUCGACCACCACACUUUUCCCCUUUCUCGCCGGGACCCUAAUCGUUGGCCGAAUUUUACAUCUGAUUACAGGGAAUCGGUAGCUAAGUACAGUGAUGAAAUGAAGAUUCUGGCGCAAAAGUUACUAGCUUUGAUAUCAGAGAGUGUUGGGUUGCGACCUUCUUGCAUUGAAGAUGGUGUUGGAGAAUUGUACCAGAAUAUAACUAUAAGCUAUUACCCACCGUGUCCUCAACCGGACCUCACACUUGGUCUGCAAUCACAUUCUGAUAUGGGUGCUAUUACCCUUUUGAUUCAAGACGAUGUGGGUGGUCUUCAGGUUCUUCAAAAUGGUAGUGAUAAUUGGGUUACUGUGCAGCCUUUGUCAGAUGCUAUUCUUGUUCUUUUGGCUGACCAAACUGAGAUUAUAACAAAUGGAAAGUACAGGAGCUGUGUGCAUAGAGCAGUCACUAAUCCUGAUAAACCAAGACUCUCUGUGGCAACAUUUCAUGACCCUGCCAAGACAGUCAAGAUCUCCCCUGCUUCUGAACUAAUCACUAAUUCGUCACCAGCUAAAUACCAGGAUGUUGUUUAUGGAGACUACGUAUCAUCAUGGUAUACCAAAGGUCCUGAAGGAAAACGAAAUAUUGAUGCACUUAUUCUGUAAUCUUAAGUUAAUGUUUUUUUUUUACCUCAUUGCUCAACCUUGUUUAUAGGUCAACUUUGUUUUUAGUCUAGAAAAGUAGAAUAUGGGGAUGGAAGAUAGUAAAUUUUUAUCAUUAGAGAGGUCAGAUAUCAACAGACCUUUUACAUGGAUAUUGGAACCCAACUACAGCCGAUAAUAAGGUUAAUUUGUCAAUUUGAACAAUAAAUUAUUUGUUCAAAAUACAAUGAAUUGAUUGAUUAGUGCAAGUUAUUUAUAACAAUGUGAGGGCUAAGCUUUCCAGAAAUUCA